AAUUGUGCAAAAUGUAUUGUUUCACCCCCGAGUAUGUCGAUCAACCGCAUUCAGAAAUUGUUAUUUUCCGAUUAUUGCGAUUUUGAAGACAUGGUCCUAGUAGAAAGUCCGUUCGCACAAACCACAAGGGAUGGGAAAGGGAUUAGGCAAGUACACUUGGGACUAACACCCACGAAGUUAAUCUUAGCGGCCGACGUGUUGCCACCAGUAAGUAUGCUAGACGUGACUUACCUACCAGGGGUGGACCCAGAUAUUGAGACGUUUGAAUUGGUAGCGGUCUAUCCGAUUGAGUGCGUUAAUUUAAGCGUUUUCCAUCGCAGAAAGCGACAAACGUUGAAGGCGCAUUUUUGUACUGAUCGCAUUCUGUACUUUGAGCUAGGGGGACUAGUAAAGCGAAACAUGUUUUGGAAUCUCUGGUGCGAGCGCGUCACGUUUUUGAAUCCCGAAGAUCCUGGAUCGUCUCGUUCUGAGACUUCGGUGGCAACGUCCACGUCAAAUAGCACUUUGUAUUUGUUGGACACCAAAAGAGGCGUAAACGAAGCUGGACUUCACCAGUUGUGGUGUAAAUUCGGAUAUGGAAACCCAGUUGCGCCCAAAUGGACCGACCGCUAUUUAUACAUGGGGGAUCAACUUAGCGAGCCACCUACGAAUUAUACUCCUCACACCGAUCCCCCUACCACCUCCGAGUUUAUACGCGAGCCUUCCCAACCUAAAUCCAGAAAUCGACGCAACGUUGAGGCUCUAAAGCAACUCGUGCCCAGGCACCAGAUUGGCGCAAUAAAUCGUUUCGGUUCAGGCAUUCUUGACAAUUGCAAGUCGGGUUUGUACUUAAAAACUGAAAGUUCGACCGAAGGUACCGUAUCGACAACGCAGUCCCUCGACAACGAAACUGACUACACUCGUUUGGCAGAAAAUGCAGUCCUGUUUUGGGAAUCAUCCAGAAACGUUACGCAAGUCAACCGGCACCGGCGUCGCUACGGCAUUGCACCUCAACCACAUUUUCUUUACGGUUUGGGACCGUGGGGCAUUUCGCAAGGUGAAAGGUUCUCUGUGCAAGUGAAACGAGCAGUAUCCGCCGUCAGAACAAGGCGACAACCCGCCGAACCGGAGCUGCGAUUGUCAAUAUCGAAAAGGCAGCUGGUCUCGUCGAUAUCCUGCGAGGCACUGCAUUUGGACGGUCGUGUGGCAAAGUCUUGGACGUCUCUGAAAACGCCCGUUGUAUUCUUUUGGACUCCGGAUUAUUGGUACAGGCCCAGGUCGGCAAGGGACGCGUAUCAAGAGUUAACCGAGCAUUUGAGGAAGGUUCGGCAAAGUUGCCAACGCAAGAAAGGUAGGAGAAGACGGAACCUUGGUUUUAAAAAGGGAUUUCUUUGUAUGGAGAGGAGGUAUGACACCGACGAGGACACCAACUCUGCGACACAGACAUCGAGUACAUCUGCAAGAGAUGAAACAUCCGUGCAAUAUUUGAGGAGACUUUUACAAUUAAACAUCAACCUCACAUCGUGGGACUUUGACUCAACAACCCUAACGUGCCAGCUUACAAUAAUAGAUCGCGAUCUAUUUCUGAAAAUAACCCCAGCUGAACUAAGCGUGAUAAUUUGGAAACAGACAUCAAAAAGUGCACCGAACAUCGGAGCCUUUGAAGCGUUUUCGCAUAGGAUAAGCUGUUUAGUGGCCACCGAGGUUUUGCGAGACGACACAGAGAAAAUAAGGGCUAGGAUGAUCAGCAGAUUAAUAAAUGCAGCCGAAAAGUGUCACAAAUUGUCCAAUUUUCAAUCAUGCAGAAGCAUUUUGUGUGGUCUGCAGAGCCCGGCGGUUUACAGAUUGCAUAGAACGUGGGGUUACGUACGCAAAAGGCACUCGACCAAAUACCAAGUUUUUGAGUGCAUGUGCCGCCUGUACAGAGACCCUCGACUUUCAGCUUAUCAGCGGGUGUUCCUCCAAAAAUCGCAGUCAGCACCUUACAUACCAAGUUUGACAGAUUUGCUACUGAAAUUGUUACCCUGCCAUUCCAAUGGCACACAAAAUCAAGCAGAGUGGAGAUCAUCGAGUACACUUAAAAGGCUUCUCUCUGCUUUACGUAUGUUGAAGAUGACCUCAACGGAAACAUUCGAAACUGUACAAUCCGAUUGCCUUGAACUUCGUGAUGGGCGCAGGGCGCUUUUAAAUCAGUCCGUUGAAUUUCUGGAGAAGAGCCAAAGGGCGGCUCAGAAGUAUACAAUGACGGGAAACGAGUUGGCCGGCGAAUACCUGUUAAAGGCUCGAUAUAGAGAAGAACGAGAGAAUUUCCUACAUUCCUUAAGCGUAGAGAAGUCUAAUUUUGUAUAUAGACGAACUUCUUAA